GGUACCUGAAAGCCUCACUGCCCGUGUUUCCUAGCGGACAGUGAAGGCAGCAAAGCCUGCUCUGCUCGGUGAUUGGCUGAGUCUUCUAUGGGCGCGGCCCCCGUUGCUGUGGUAACGUGUCUUAAAGAGGGAUUUGGUCAAUCAGAGUUUCAGCGUCUCGGAGUGUCGCUGCUAAUAUGCUAACAUGCUAACCCGGGAAUGUUUACCGGGGAAAAGACGGAAAAGCAAACAACGGAAACGGUAGGAAGAUUCUUCUGUGGGCGAGGAGCAGCCGCGGGGACUGAUGGGAGACUGAGGAGAAAGUUUUGCACUUUUAAAAGUCUCCGUUCACCUGCGUGCUAGUGCGGCAGCUAGCCCGCUAACGGCUAACUGAGCUGCUAGCUGAAAAGUUUGAGGAGCUGAGAGAAGCCAGGAAUUAGACGGAUCCAUGAUGGUGGAGGGAGUUCGGCACUCUCCGAUCCUGUCGGCCCUGUUCAGCAUGACGGAGGACUCCGAGCUGCGGGGAGCCGCGCAGUUUAUUAAAGAGCGGCUGUACUUCGCCACGUUACGCAGUAAACCCAAAAGCACCGCCAACACGCACUACUUCUGCACUGACGACGAGUUCCUCUACGAAAAUUUCUACGCAGACUUUGGCCCUCUGAAUCUGGCCAUGUUGUACCGAUACUGCUGCAAACUCAACAAGAAGCUGAAGUCGUUCACUCUGACCAGGAAGAGAAUCGUUCACUACACCAGCUUUGACCAGAGGAAGAGGUCCAACGCCGCCGUGCUGAUCGGAGGCUAUGCUGUGAUCUACCUGAAGAAAACUCCAGAAGAAGCCUACAGAGCUCUGAUCUCUGGUUCCAACGCCUCCUACCUGCCCUUCAGGGACGCUGCCUUCGGGAACUGCACCUUCAACCUCACAGUGCUGGACUGUCUGCAGGGCAUCAGGAAGGCUCUGCAGCAUGGCUUCUUCGACUUUGAGACCUUUGACGUGGGCGAGUACGAACACUAUGAGCGGGUGGAGAAUGGAGAUCUCAACUGGAUCGUCCCGGGGAAGUUCCUGGCCUUCAGCGGACCUCAUCCUAAAACCAAAGUAGAGAACGGUUACCCCCUCCACGCCCCCGAGGCGUACUUCCCUUACUUCAGAAAACACAACGUGACCACCGUCAUCCGCCACAAGAAGAUCUACGACAGCAAGCGCUUCACGGACGCCGGCUUCGACCACUACGACCUCUUCUUCUUAGAUGGGAGCACGCCCAAUGACAUCAUUACCCGCCGCUUCCUGCACAUCUGUGAGAGUACGGAUGGCGCUGUCGCUGUCCACUGCAAGGCUGGACUGGGCAGGACAGGCACUCUGAUUGGCUGUUACUUGAUGAAACAUUACCGCUUCACGGCAGGCGAGGCCAUCGCCUGGAUCAGGAUCUGCAGACCGGGCUCUGUGAUUGGACCACAGCAGAACUUCCUGGAAGAGAAGCAGGCGGCGCUGUGGUUGCUAGGCGACAGCCAACGUUCCCAGAAGGCCAAGCUGGAGGAGAGGGCCGUGUCUCACCUCAUCACCAGCAUGGACGACCUCACGUUAAACUCCGCCUACAACAGCAACAUGUUCAAAUCCCCGAGCUCCGACCGGCUGACCGAGGUCUCACACACGCGCGCACACGCACAGUGAAACGCACACC